AUAAAGAAUGAAGACGAAAAAAGACAAAUUUGUUGGGAAUCUGAACAAUCUGAAAUGCAGACCAGUCACGGAAAUUCCCGGAAUUGGAAUUGCCAAUGGAAGCAGACUAAAACAAAAUAAUUAUUUUUCGGUUCUGGACGUAAUGAUUGAAUUUCUGAUGAGGGACGAAGCUGGAUUCAAAAACUGGCUUCAUGAAACUUGUGGUGCUUAUAAAUCGCACCAGGAUAAUUGCUUUCAAGGACUUCGAGAGCUGUGUAUCAAUAUCAUGAAAGACGCCUUUCCUGAAUUGAUGUUUUCUAUUGCUACGUGCAAUUUUACCGCAUAUAUGUUCCAAAUUCUUUAUCCUAUUGGGAAGACAAUUGGUUUUAAAAGUUCAGUCAUGGAUAUUUUUGGUGUUCCUCUUUGGCAGAUCGAAGGAUAUUUCGUCCUAUGCAAAGAUCAAAUGUUAAAUUUUCUUACCAUUUCUGCACACAUUUCUUGUUGUGCAUAAUAUUAUUCCGUUCAAUCUAAUAUACGAGGGUCAUUCAAAAAAGUUCGUAGAUUUUUGUCAUAACUUGUAAAUUUAACGUGAUAUUACAAACAAGUCUGUACACAAAUCUUAAAAACUGAUUGAAAAAUUCUGAGUAUCAAAGAUUUAAGAAAAGAAAUAUGGAGUCACAGAACAGGGUAAAAUUGGUUUACUAAUUAUACAUUUUAUAAUGUUUAUAGAAAUACAAUGUACUUCUAAUA